ACUUUUUCAAUGUUCAUGACACGCAUGAUAUGCACAUGUAUGUAUUUAAACUUUGUCAAGAAUUCAAUCGUAAAAGUUGGUCAUACUGAUACUACGUUAGAAAAUAUCAGAAAAGUGAAAAUGGCAGUUGAAUGUGGUAUACGUAUUUUAUUUUAUAUAAUUUUCUCUAUUUUCCUGUUAAAUUCAUGCGACGGUGCAGCGACAGAUAUUGAGUUAGAUGCUAAAGCUCAAUUAUUACAUAGACUUGAUAGUUUAAAUCUCCUUCUUUAUACAUUUUUGUUAAUAUUAACUGUAUUAACUAUAUGGACAUUCAAGCAUCGUCGACUAAGAUUCCUCCAUGAAACUGGUCUAGCUGUCAUUUAUGGGUUGAUCAUAGGAGCAAUCAUUCGUUAUGGAUUUACAACAAAUAGUGCUAUACUGCAUAUGCCAGUUGUACCAGAUAACAGUAGUAAAUAUAAUCAAUCAGUUCCUCCAGAUACAUUAUGGUUGCGUUUUCCUGAAGACAAAGGUGGCGGUGUAAUUAAAAAUGAAACAUUUGCUUAUACUUUUCGUGGAGAAAUUUAUAAAGAGGACAAUGAGAUUGAUUUGAAGGCUACUUUCGAUCCGGAAAUAUUCUUUAAUAUUAUAUUGCCACCAAUAAUUUUUCAUGCUGGAUAUAGUUUGAAAAGGAAAUAUUUCUUUAGGAAUUUAGGAGCAAUUUUAAUGUAUGCUUUGCUUGGAACAUCAAUAUCAGCAUUUGUCAUUGGAGCAUUGAUGUAUGCCUUCGUACAAUUAAUACCACAUCUUUCUACAUCAUUUACAUUUUUGGAUACUUUGUACUUUGGUGCUCUGAUAUCUCCGACAGAUCCGCUAACAAUAAUUUCUAUUUUUAACGAUCUGCAUGUAGAUGUUAACUUAUAUGCUUUAGUAUUUGGAGAAAGUGUACUUAACGAUGCAGUUGCUAUUGUUCUCAGUGGUUCAAUACAAAAUUAUGGUGAACGUUACCAAUCUGGAUCUGGGGGAUUCGAAACGGUAGCAUUCUUUCAAGCAUUUGGCGAUUUUGUUUGUAUUUUUAGUUUAUCCUUAUUCAUUGGUGCCACCAUGGGAUGUAUUACUGCAUUGUUAACCAAAUUUACUAGAGUUAGAGAUUUUCCACUUUUAGAAUCGGCUCUAUUUGUCUUAAUGUCUUAUAGCACAUUUUUAAUUGCUGAAGCUUCAGAUCUUACAGGUGUGGUCGCUGUUUUAUUUUGUGGCAUUUGCCAAGCACAUUAUACGUAUAAUAAUUUAAGCCCAGAUUCUCGUCAACGGACAAAACAUCUCUUUGAAUUAUUAAAUUUCUUAGCUGAAAAUUUUAUAUUCAGUUAUAUAGGCGUUUCGAUGUUUACCUUUCCAAAACAUCACUUUGAUCCAGGCUUCAUCUUUGCUGGCUUUCUUUGUGCUCUCUUAGGACGUGCUGCAAAUGUUUAUCCAUUAUCAUUCAUAUUGAAUUUAGCAAGAAAACCAAAAAUUUCAAUGAAUUAUCAACACAUGCUUUUCUUCGCUGGUCUACGCGGAGCCAUGAGUUUUGCUCUUGCAAUUAGAAAUACUGUAUCAGGUGCUAGACAAGCCAUGUUAACUACGACAAGUUUAAUUGUGAUCUUGACAGUAAUUUUACAAGGUGGUGCAACGACUCAAUUUUUAAGUUGGUUUAAUAUACCGGUCGGUGUAGAUGAAGAAAUAGAAGGUUUAUCACAAAAUGGAGUACGUAGUGUGUACAAUUCACUGGACACCAUGGAGUCUGGUGGCGAAGGUGGCUUUGGCGAUCUGGACAUGCGUAGGGAAAGAAGUCCUCCGUAUAAUUCUAUGCAGGAUGGAUCAGUGCCAACCGGUGCAAAACCUAAUGAGAAAGCAUUGCUCGCUAGAAUAUGGGGUGAUUUUGACACACGAUAUAUGAAACCACUAUUAACGCACUCCAGGCCUACCUUGUUAGAAACAUUACCAGUGUGUUGUGGUCCGUUAGCAAGGAUUCUUACAACGACACAACAAAUGACACAGGAUGAUGUUUCAAGAAAAAUUGAUUCAGAUUCUGACUUUUGUCUGGAAGAUCGUGAAAUGGAAAGAAGAAGGACAAACGUACAGCCGUAUAUUUUUUAUUUUGAUUUCUUCACAGACAAACAUAUGGCGUCCAACACACAAUACACAUUAAUGAAUAUGUUUUUUAAAUCUUCUGUCCUUGAUAAUAUUUAUUUAUGCGAUUAAAUACACCUAUAUUAUUAAGCAUUAGGUAAUGUCUGGUUUGUACAUAUUAUAUAUUUGAUUUAGUCCUCUAUGUUCGUAAGUGCAAUUAUGUGAAAUAUAAUAAAAAUGAAUUAUUUUAUUUUCCAUAGUAUAAUAAUUUUAAUAUGUUAGUAAGUAUAAUAUCUUAUUGCUCAUUUAGGCUUAAUUGCACAAUAAAUUGAUUGACGUUAAUUAUAAAAAUGAAAACAACUAGACAUUAUCUUAACAUUGAUAAUGAAAAUUUGUUAUUAAAUUUCUUUAAACAAACGUUGAUAGAACAAUUAUUAUACUUUUUUUGUAAAUACAAUCCUUUACACUUCACGUUCGCUCUGUGGAAUGUGAAAAUGAUUAUGCUGAUGUAUGUGGCCAAUGUAUAAUAUUAAAUAAUUAAUAAGAAUUUCAAGUAAAUUCUUGAUGUAUUUAAUACUUUGCGGAACAGCUGGGAACAGUGACAGGAGAAGUUAGUCCGGGACCACUACCACUGCACACACGCGUCGCCCUGCCAGGUUUGAUCGGCAGACAUUUAUAAAAAUUACAUAAUAUUGAAAAUUACUUUAAUCUCUUGCUAAUAUGUAUUAUUGAAUAUGCGACGGACAAAUAUGUUAUUUUAAUGAAUCCAUAAUGCUUAAACGAUAGGAAAGUUCUAAUGAUUGCCAAAAACACUGCUUAUGUCCAGUCAAAUUUUUGUUGGAGAAAUUUUAAACUUAUAUUAAAACUAUUUCCUAAAAUGAUAUAUAAUAAAAAAAAAAA